AUGGCCCCAAAACAUAAAAGAGCCAGCAAACCAAAGACGAAAACAGGGUGUAUCACUUGCAAAAUCCGACAUGUGAAAUGCGAUGAGCAAAAGCCAGAAUGCAGACAGUGUACAAGCACGGGACGGAAAUGCGAUGGAUACAAUCAACAGACAACCACAAACCGCAUCACGACUUAUUCAGGUCAGACAUUUACAGUCAAUCCCGAUAGUCGUAUUGUGCUUCGUCCAGGAACGAGAGAAGAACGACAAUAUAUCCACAUCUUCUGUACGCAAACGUCUCGGGCUCUGUCAGGGCUGUUUCAUUCUGACCUGUGGAAUCACUUUCUGCCUCAACUGAGCCAGUCGGAGCCAGUUGUUCGACACGCCGUGAUUGCAGUCAGUGCUAGUCAUGAGCGCUUCCUUGGUCGACGGAGCGAGGUGGAUGAGCAGUUUUCGAUACAGCAGUAUAACAAAGCUAUUCGGCAUCUGAUGGAGUAUCUGGCGUCUCCGAAUCAGCCACUGGAUCUGACGCUGAUCACUUGUUGCCUGUUUGUGUGCUUAGAGAUGUUAAAUGGGAAUAUCAAGCAAGCAUUAGAUCAUUUAGAGGCUGGGUUGAAUAUUAUGCAUGCUCGACGAAGGAGCAAUACACUGCGAUUAGGAGACAUCGAUCGGGAAUUGACACAUUUAUGUCUACGAUUGAAUAUUCAACUAUCGCUUCAUGGACGGCCGAUGGUUCCUCUUGACCUGGAUGAUACGACUUACUCAUGGACGAAUAUCCUCGAAGCUCGACACAGUCUGGAUAGACUGAUGAACAACGCAAUGGGCUUCAUUCGACAGGCAGGAAUAGAAAGAAGUGCAGAACGCGCUUACUUACAGCCACAACAGCAGCUGCUCCUCCAAGACUAUUCCAUCUGGAUAGCUUCAUUCGAAGCCCUCAUGGGCAAGUCAUGGAAGAGAAUUAAAGUCGUCGACGGUCGGACCCCGCUGGUACUCCGCAUCACGUACCUGGCUUCACUCAUAUGGCUCGAGACAUGUCUGUCCGUGGACGAGAUGAUAUUCGACCAUCACAACGACUCCUUCGACCAGCUUGUGCGCUACGCAAAGGAAUACAUCGAUAUCAAUGAUAGUCUGAACCAGUCGAGCAAUGGCACUCCCCCAGACAGCUUUACCCUCGAAGCCGGUAUCGUCACGCCAUUAUUCUACACCGCCGUACGAUGUCGCAAUCCUAUCACUCGUCGCGAGGCUAUCUGUCUUCUGUCUAGCUGCCACGUGAAAGAGGGGCUGUGGAAUACGAAGCAGAUGGUCAGCGUGGCUGAAGCUGUUCUCGAGAUGGAGGAAAGCAACCUUUUAUCUUUGCCAGUUGAGCAGCGGAUUCCAGCGGAUCGAGACCGUGUGUAUGAGGCUUUGAUGCCGAAUGAAGGGACUCCAGUCGAGGUGAUCUUUUUGUCGCGACCGGAUGGGAGGGAAUGGUGUACUCGGACGAGAUUGGUUUACUGAUAUAAUAAUAGAAUUUAUUGAAUUAUACAGAUAUAAGAAGGAUCUAUAUGCAUCCACUUGGCUGCAUUUGGCCCCCACGUCAUGUUGAGAUUUUACGACGCAGCCAAUCACAGGACAGGAACACUCUUGGGCUUCAGGAUCUACCUACUGGGCUUUGGAACUGCACUGUUUAUGAGAAAAUGCCUUAUUAUCUUCAUUGGCUGUAUCGUAAGUUUAGCAAAAUGAUCAAAUCUGAGCCACAAUCAGAGCGGA